ACAGGUGAUGUCGUCAGAAUUACCGCGUACAGCUUACGCGGAUGCGCUUAUAAAUGCCAGACCAGGCGAUUCAGUAUCCGCACUCCAAACUAGACUAAAGAAAGCGGCUAUUUUACAAGAGGAAAUGGCAAAUUUCUUUCAAGCUAGAGCUAGCGUAGAGAUGCAAUAUGCAGCUUCGCUUAAUAAAAUAACGCGAUCUAAGCCAUUCAUAUCUGAUGUGCAGCUAUUAAAUAGAACUGGGUUAGGUGCAGUCUGGGAUGACUUACAGGAUGAAUUAUUCCAGGUCUCAGUUUUACACGAGAAAUUAGCCAAGAAAAUAAGUGAGCAGAUUGAGAAACCGCUUAGGAUGUCCUCCCAGUCUGGGGAGUGGGGUAGUUUACCACAAUCAGAUAGCGACAUGAACAGACUUAUUAAGUCAGUCGAUGAGAAUCAGAAGAAUGUGAACAAAGCUCAAAGAAAGGUAGACAGCACAGGCGGAAAGAAAGCAGACGCGGCUAAUGCGAAAUUAUCGCAAGCUCAGCAGACCUAUGCAAAUGCACAACAGAACUUCAUCACGAUGGCACCUUCAUACUUCACGUCAUAUCAGAUAGCAGAUUCUAACCGUCUUCAAGAAUUGAAAAGUAUUUUCGUCAAAUGGGAGACGAUCCAAUCCGAAACAAACCAAUCUAAGCAGACCCUUAAUGAAAAUAACCUUGCCGACAUCUUAAAUUGGUCAACUGAGGGUGAUUUGAACGAUUACCUCACCCAAGUUUCAGCUUUGUUGGGUAUAACAGGUGUAAAUGGAACACCAACAGGUAUCUCACAAGCUGCUGAACCACCAAGACCAGCACACAAUAGGUCUACAUCCACACUCCGCGAUAAUGCAACUGGCGUGAGAUCAUCAAUCGCUAAUACGUUCUUCAACCGUCACAGAUCAAAGUCAAACCCUUCACGCGAAAGUUACAUUGCAACACCUGAUAAUGACAAUGCACCACCUGUUCCUGCUAUUAGCGACAACUUCAGACCAUCAUCAACGAUGGGAGACCUCAGUGCAUUGAAUCAUCCAGCUGCACAGAGUGCGACACAGUUGGAUCCUGUUAAUGAGGAUUUGAUGGACACUCGUGAGCCAGAAGCGCAAGAAGCUGUUGAAGCAACUGAAGCACCAGGUCCAUUGCCAGCCAUUGGCAUACCUGCUUCCCUUCAGCCUGGUAAUCAACAAGCCCCACCAGUACAGCAAAUGCAGCAGCCACAACAAUUACAACAACAAUUGCCAUCACAAAUGCAACCACCACAACAAUCAAUGGAAGCACAGACGUUCCCAGCCACUGGUAGUGAAAGAGGUCUAUCACCAGUAGCUACUGGAAAUGAAGAGGAGGAUGAAGCUGCAAUGUCGAAGGUUAGGCAAUCGCUCAUAGCUGCUGCUCCUAUACAGCGUCGUCCUACUGCUCUUCGCGGUAGGAGAGAUGUCAGACAGACGAUGUUUGUUAAUGACGUCCCAGAUGAUAUGCCAUUAAGUGAGGCAUUGAAACAAAAAUCUAACAAUCCAUUCGCAACGACAGGCGCACCAUCAACACAAUUGAACACCAAGAAAUCAUUCGAUACAGUUGAGACACCACCUAAUGAAAGGACUUUAAGUAUGACUUCACAGACUCCUUCACUCACUCCUUCAAUUCAACAGCGUAAUAUAGUCGAUCCUUUCGAAGGUACUGAUCAUUUCGUUGAGGGUGUCAAACCAGCUAUAACGGAAAGUGUUAACGUCUUGAUUAAAUCUGGUGAAAUUUUGAAAGUUAUGAUAACUGGUGAAGUAAGCUUACUUUAUAAGCCAUCAUCAAUAUUGCCAAGUAGCCCACCUGUUAUUAGAUUAAAUGCUUUCGAAGAAUUAGAAAAAGUGGCACCAAAUCCACAAUAUUUGCGUCAAGUUGAAGAAAAACAUGGAGAAUACUAUAUUGAUUUGGAUAACUUACAAAAAGCACCUAAUAAUAAGGCUUUAGUUUUGAAAUAUCAAUUAUAUAUUUCAACAAGCAAGUUCAAAGAAUACGUUCCUUUGAUUUCAACAAUGAAAUGGAGAUACGAGCCUACUACACAUUCAGCGAUUGUCAAUUAUAAUCUCAAUCAGGAAUCGAGACUCAUUAAAAAGAAUGAUAUACUUAAAGAUGUUCAAUUCACAAUACCAAUAAAUGCAAAGAAUGUGCAAUCAAAACCACAAGGUGUUUACUCACCAGAGCGUAAGAAAAUCACCUGGGUUUUGAAUGAUAUAAGUCUUGAGCAACCUUCCGAUAAGAUUUUAGCUAGAUUCAUUAUCGAUGGUGAAACUCAAUCCCAACAACAACAACAACCUGCUCAAAUUAAGUGGACUAUUGACGGUGCUUUGACUUCAAACGUUGACAUUGAAUUUGAUAACCUUGAAAACGUUUAUUCAACUAUUAAGAAUAGCACAAACGGUAAAUUCUUGAUUAGUUGAUUUGUCUAAUCGGCAGAAUACCCUCUACUAGACAAAAGUUUGCCUUUAUUUUACACUUGUUCAACUUUUCCUGUAUAUAUGACAACUUCUUUACCAUAUAUAAUGCUUACAUUUUAAGAAGUAUACAAUGCAUAAUAAUUUCAGUGAAUAAAUAUUUCGAUGAUGCUUGCUUGCGUGUUUAGGUUGAUGUUGAUAUAAAAAUCGCAAUAUAAAAAAAUUAUGCCCAAGAAGAAUAUGAAAUUGGUAUACUUAUUCGAAAAGCUGUUAGUAAGCUUGCAAGUUGUACAAACCAUAUGAUUGAGCAUUUACGCGUGAACGUGCAAGUCUGCGUUCAUUGUUUGGUG